AUGCAAGUGUUGGUACACGGAAUUAUCAAUUUGGUAUUAGGUGCAAUUGGUCUCGUAUUCAAUAUUCUUGUUUUUACUCGACCAUCUUUACAUCGUGAACCAUGCUCAGUCUAUUUUUUCUGGUCAUCAUGUUUCAAUUUAAUAAUUGUAUAUGGAAUUUUGCCUUUACGCAUUCUCGGAAAUGGUUUCAAUAUAGACUUUUCCAAUCGGUAUAUUGUACUCUGUAAAAUAGAAUAUUUUGUUAACUAUGGUGGCCGCUCAGUAUCUAUUUGGUUAAUUGUAUUGGCAUGUGUUGAUCGAUUUUGUCACAGUUCAGCAAAUGCAAUUAUUCGUCGAAUGAGUUCAUUGAAGACAGCAAGAUUGGCAGCAGGAGUUGUUAGUAUAAUCAUAAUGAUCUUAUACAGUCAUAUGCCCGUUUACUAUGUAUUAACCUAUACGCUUAAUCAGUUCGGUAAUGUUGUAUCUACUUGCAAUGGUCAAAUAGGUACGUAUCGUACGUUUCUUGGAUUCUGGUAUAUGGCUUUAUAUUCACUUUGCCCAUGUUUUUUAAUGUUCCUCUUUGGUUUUCUUACACUGAGAAAUAUUCGUCGGCAUCGUCUAAUCGUUCCGACAGCAGCUGGAAGAAAUCAAGUUGCUCGACGUACAGACAAUCAACUUUUGCGCAUGUUAAUUGCUCAAGUGACAGUAAUCAUUGUGGCUACUUUACCAAAUUCUAUUUAUCAAUUGUACAUAGCAUUCACUAGUAAUGUUCCAAAGAAUACCCUUCGAGUAGCCCAAGAAAAUUUGGCAGGUCGUACUGUGGGUCCCUUAAUAAAUUUUGCUCAUACAAGCAGCUUUUAUUUAUAUACAUUGACGGGAACAAUUUUUCGCAAUGAGCUUCGCAAAAUCAUUCAACGAUGUCGUCAUCCAACUCGAAAUGUAUCCACAGCUCAACAUGGAUCAAUUCUAAAGACUGUUGUGCCUAGCAAUCGAAAAUUGAUUACAACUGUUAAUAAUCAGACAAAAUAA